UUGACAAACAGAUUACAUAGACACUGACUGGGUUUUAAAUGUGUAGUCUAAAUACACUUGUGACUGAUCUCGAAUAAAAAUCAUUUGUUAUUUCAACUUCCUGGUUUGUGUAAAAAUGAAGGACCAAUUUUGUGUUAUAUUUGUGUUCAGCAUAUUAUUGGUGUCAACAAAUGAGCAAUGUCCACUUUCUGGAGGUUUAAAUGGAAAUUUAAGUAUAGUAUGUGGAAGUCAACUUGCAGCAGAAACAACAUCGAUGGAACCUACAUCAGCAUUUAACAUUACAAAUGCGAAUAUCAUCAACACAACUGCUGCUACUCUAUCAGAGGGAUGUACAUGUGGUCACCAAAUUGAUGCAAAAUUUGAGUCACUCGUAUCCUUACGAAUUUCGUUGGCUAUAUUCGUAGUGAUUUCUACUAUUUCAACAAUAAUAAAUAUAUACUUCUUUAUCAAGAACAUAUUAAGAAACAAAUCUAAGAAGGAUACCACAAAUAUUAAAACAAUUCAUCGAGGUGGGAAUGAACCGAAUGUUGAGACCUACACAGAACUAGAAAAUGCAGUGUCAGGAGAUUCUGAAAACCAGUACGACUCUAUCUCACGCCAGGAAAACAACAUAAACACGUUUGUAUUAUAAACUCUGUGACGACCUUUUCAGGGGGUAAUGCAGCAAAAAUAAAGGAAUUGAACUUAAAAGGCAUUUUCUUCAUUUCUAAAUAUUACUUGUUUACAAUGUACGAUGAACGGGCGUAUUACUAUAGUUUGUUGGACUAAAAAUUGUUCAUAAAGAAUUUCACAUUGCUAGUUUAUCUUUAUUGCUUAAGAUGUAUAUGUUUUAUAAUACUUCUUUCAAAUAAGUAUUUUGUUUAUUAUAUAUUACUCAAGAAAUAAUAUUGUGUUUACAAAGCCACUGGCGAAGUAAAAUCUUAAUUUUACUAGUUAAAAUCCCAUCUUGAAAAGAGGUACUUGCCUUCGGUUCAUGAAGUUUCAACAUUUAUUUUGAAAACGUGAUAACGAUUACUGUCAAAUGAUUUUUUUUUACAAAAAUGAAGUUAACUAUGUGUAGAUUAUUUUGCUAUAUAUAGAAACUUAAACGAUAGUGACUUAGUGGGCUGCAUGAACUUCAGUGACUGGUGUCACACUUCCAAAUAUUUUAUAUCGUAUGG